ACCUUCAAUAUGCGCGCUUGCUCCGAAUAGAGAAAUGCAGAGGAGUUUGUUGAACUUUUUCUCGCGCUCUUCCAAGCCACUGGCUGACUCUUCGAACAAAACAUGUCCACCAGUAUUAGAAGACAAGAGCUCAUUAACUGAGGCGUCUUCAUGCCGAAGUCCAUCAAAUGGAUUUCGAGCAGAGGUUUUUUCUGAAGACCUUACUUCAUCUGUUAGUAAAAGACGUCGGGUAAUCAUCGAGUCUAGUGACGAGGAUGAAAAUGAUACUUCCAUUCUUUCGGAGUCGAAAACAGAAAUUCCAGCUAAACGUGAUUUAUCAAGCUUUUGUCACUCCCCUCAAUUGGUGAAAAAGCAAACUGCAAAACGAGAGGAAGAUACCGAUAUUUCGCAACUAGAGACUAGUGGAAUUACAGAGACCAAUGAGUCUUUCUUCGAUGACGACUGCAUGUCAUGGACUCACUUAACUCUCCCUUUCUUAGACCCUUAUAAGAUCAAAGAUGCAAACGGUAGGAAACCGGAUCAUCCGAACUAUGACCCUUGCACACUAUACGUCCCGGAAGAAUUUAAGGCUAAACAAUCGCCGGGGAUGCGCCAAUGGUGGGAAAUGAAGUCGCGGUAUUAUGACGUGAUCCUAUUCUUUAAAGUUGGGAAGUUCUAUGAAAUGUACCAUAUGGAUGCCAUGGUCGGUGUAAAAGAACUUGGUUUAGUUUUUAUGAAGGGGAACUUCGCUCACUGUGGAUUUCCUGAGGUUGCUUUCGCUCGUAUGGCUGACCAACUUGUCCACAAAGGUUAUAAAGUUGCUCGUGUUGAACAGACGGAAUCAGUUGAUGCUAUGACAGAACGAUGUAGAGGGAAAUCUUCAAGUGAAAGAGUUGUUCGUAGAGAAAUAUGCCAACUUAUAACUCCAGGCACAUGCACAGCCAGUACUCGUUCGGAGAUUUCUGAUGUCAGAUCCGUUGUUAUGAACGAUGGAGAUUUUGAGGAUGAGAAUGCUAAGGAUUCCAUAGACUCUGUACAUUCGGACUCGUAUCUGCUUGCACUAACCGAACUACAAAACAACGAAAAUAAUUCCUUUACUUUUGGGAUAGGCUUACUGAAUGCUUCCACUGGAAAGAUUAGUGUCGGUCAAUUUGUGGAUGAUCGCCAUUGUUCCAGGUUACGUACAUUUUUAUCCCAUCAUUCUCCUAGCCAGUUGCUUGUAGAACGUGGGGUGACAGGAACAGCUAUAAGGUCCUUAUUGAAAACUUCUUUAUCGUGUAUUCCAACCGAAUAUCUUACCCCGACAAAGCAGUUUUGGAGCGCAAGGAAUACUGUUGAGGAGUUAGAGACGGCUGAGUAUUUUCCUAGACGGAAAUGUGACGACAGCAGUGGUUUAAACCAGCAACCUGAAACAUUUCCUGAGAAAGAAAAUUGGCCAAGUGUUCUCCUUAGCAUGCUAUCUGAAGAUGACCCAUUGGGGAGAACAGUAAAACCGGAAUGGGAGUUAGCUUAUCGGUGUCUUGGCGCUCUUGUGUAUUACUUGCGCUAUUGUCUAAUAGAUCACGAAGUGAUGUCGUUGGGUUACAUUGAUAUAUAUGUACCGCCAGAUGUGAAGGAUAUUAAUCCUCAGAGAAUCGGAGCUCCCACCGAACAGUUCUAUACCAAGCAGUCUUGUAUGGUUUUGGACAGUAUUACACUAUCUAACUUAGACAUAAUUAGAAACAAUGUGGAUGGUUCACAAGAAGGAACAUUGUUGCAGCGUCUUAACACAUGUUGUACCUUUUUUGGACGCCGUUUGUUACGCCAAUGGAUCACUGCUCCACCGUGUAAUCCGAAUAUCAUCAGACAAAGACAAUUAGCAAUUGAAAAUCUUAUUCUUAUUGGUGAUAUGUUUCCAAAACUUCGAGAAAAAUUAAGUCAGUUACCUGACUUGGAACGUUUAGUUGUGAAAAUCCACUUGUUAGGCUGCAAAGGUGGUGAUAAAAAUCAUCCAGAUAACAGAGCAAUUAUAUUUGAAGAAGUUCAGUAUUCUCGAAAGAAUAUCACUGAUUUCUUAUCCACUUUGGAUGGAUUUGAACUAGGCUGUAAAAUAAUUCAUGAAAUAAGCCAUUCUGAAUUGAGCUCAGCGUAUCUGAAGAAUUUAGUGACUCUAACCAAUAUGGGAGGUAAAUUCCCUGAUAUCAUGGAGAAAAUAAAGUAUUUCAAGAAUGCUUUUGACGCGGAGAAAGCCAAACGUGAAGGACGGAUAACUCCAGAGCCUGGAAUUGAUCCUGAUUAUGAUGCAUCGAUAUCAGAAAUCAAGAGAAUAAUUGAAGAUCUGGAUGCGUUUCUGAUGCAGUGGAGCAAAAAAUUCGGUAGUCGUCUUGUGUAUUGGGGCACUGGUCGAAAUCGUUAUCAAAUUGAAGUCCCAGAAUCUCUUGCUUCGCGUGUUCCUAACUCUUGGCAAUUAGCUUCACAAAGAAAAGGCGUUAAGCGUUAUAGAUGCACGGAAACACAAGAAUGGUUAAGCGAAUUAACUGCUGCUGAAGAACGCAAAGAUGCCAGUCUGCGAUCAAUAAUGCGUCAUAUAUUUUCAAUGUUUAGCGAAUCGUUUACUCAGUGGCAUACAGCAAUGACCUGUUUGGCUGAAUUAGAUUGUCUAAUUGCUUUGUCAUUGUAUAGUACAAACGCUUUCGAUGUCAUGUGUCUUCCUGAAUUUAUCGAUUUGAAUUCAUUUACAAAGCCAUUACUUCACAUUGUUGACGGAAUUCAUCCAUGUCUAGUAAAUACCUUUUCUGGUGGAGACAUCAUUCCCAAUGACGUUGAACUUGGCGCCACUUCAAAACUAAGUUUGAAAGAUACGGAAAUGCAACAUUAUACUGUGAAUAGUAUGUUCAAUAAUGCUUCAGUAGUUCUUGUGACUGGUCCUAAUAUGGGUGGUAAAUCAACUUUGAUGAGACAAGCAGCCUUAUUGGUUAUUCUAGCUCAUCUAGGUUGUCGUAUACCAGCUAAAUCCUGUAAACUAACUCCUGUUGAUCGUAUCUUUUCUCGUCUCGGUGCAAGUGACAAAAUGCUUUCUGGUGAAAGUACUUUCCUGGUUGAGUUAUCAGAGACUGCGUCUAUUCUGCGUCAUAUCACACCACACAGUCUUGUUUUGAUGGAUGAAUUAGGUCGUGGAACUUCGACUCAUGAUGGAGUAGCUUUAGCUGGUGCUGUUCUUUCUUUCUUAGCCAAACCUAACGGGAAAUUCGGUGAUGGUUGUGGACCUAGAACUUUGUUUUCAACUCACUAUCACAGCUUAGUAGAUCGAUAUGCUAAUCUCAACCGAUCCACUUCUAAUGAAGAUGUUGAUGAGUUGUGUAUUGGUUUGGGUCAUAUGGCUUGCAUGGUGGAAGAACAAUCGGAAACAGAAUCUGGUUUGGAAAAUAUUACUUUCUUGUAUAAAUUUAUUCCUGGUGCCUGUCCGAAGAGUUAUGGUUUCAAUGCAGCUCGAUUAGCUCUGCUGCCGGAUGAGGUUACUCGAUUGGGUCUAACAAAAGCGAAGGAAUUCGAGAAAACAACAGCAACUUUUGCCUGUUUGAGGACAUUGUUACAAGGACGAAUGAGUAUUGAUGAAUUACGACAGUGGAGCUCUAAAUUAAAAACAUUUUUAUAA